UGUGUUUUCUUUUGUAAUAUUUUUUUUUAAUGAAUUAAGUAACGUUUAUGACAACCUUUUUCCAAAUCACAAUAUAGAAUGUGAGAUAUAACAGGAUAAUGCAUACAUUUAUCAUUGCUUUUCAAAAUGCUUACAAAAAAGUGGGACCCCAAAAAUGCACUGCGGGACCCCAUUUUUAUGACUUGAUGGGGUCCCUGGGACCCCAUUUUGACAAUUCCUUUGAUAAUGCAUACAUUUAUCAUUUAUUUACAAAUAAGUGAGACCCCAAAAAUGUACUUCGGGACCCCAUUUUUAUGACUUGACGGGGUCCUAGGACAACAUUUUGACAAUUCCUAGGAUAAUGCAUACAUUUAUUAUUUAUUUACAAAAAAGUGGGACCCCAAAAAUUUACUGCGGGACCCCAUUUUUAUGACUUGAUGGGGUCCCUGGGACCCCAUUUUGACAGUUCCUAGAAUAAUGCAUACAUUUAUCAUUUACUUACAAAAAGUGGGCCCCCAAAAAUGUACUGCGGGACCCCAUUUUUAUGACUUGAUGGGGUCCCUGGGACCCCAUUUGGACAAUUCCUUUGAUAAUACAUACAUUUAUCAUUUAUUUACAAAUAAGUGAGACCCCAAAAAUGUACUUCGGGACCCCAUUUUUAUGACUUGACAGGGUCCUUAGGACCCCAUUUUGAAAAUUCCUAGGAUAAUGCAUACAUUUAUCAUUUGUUUACAAAAAAGUGGGACCCCAAAAAUCUACUGCCGGACCCCAUUUUUAUGACUUGACAGUGUCCCUUUGACCCCAUUUUGACAAUUCCUAGAAUAAUGAAUACAUUUAUCAUUUAUUUACAAAAAAGUGGGACCCCAAAAAUGUCCUGUGGGACCCCAUUUUUAUGACUUGACGGGGUCCCUGGGACCCAAUUUUGAAAAGUCCUAGAAUGAUGCAUACAUUUAUGUACAAAAAAGUGGGACCCCAUUUUUAUGACUUGAUGGGGUCCCCCCGACCCCAAUUUGAAAAUUCCUAGGAUAAUGCAUACAUUUAUCAUUUAUUAACAAAAAAGUGGGACCCCGAAAAUUGACUGCGGCACCCCAUUUUUAUGACUUGACGGGGUCACUGGGGCCUCAUUUUGAAAAUUCCUAGGAUAAUGCAUACAUUUAUCAUUUAUUUACAAAAAAGUGGGAUCCCAAAAAUGUACUGCGGGACCCCAUUUUUAUGACUUGAUGGGGUCCCUGCGACCCCAUUUUUAAAAUUCCUAGGAUAAUGCAUACGGUACAUUUAUCAUUUAUUUACAAAAAAGUGGGUUCCCAAAAAUUUACUGUGGGGCCCCAUUUUUAUGACUUGGAGACCCCAUUUUGAAAAUUCCUAGGAUAAUGAUAUACAUUUAUCACUUGUUUACAAAAAAGUUGGACCCCAAAAAUUUGCUGUGGGACCCCAUUUUUAUGAUUUGACUGGGUCCCUAGGACCCCAUUUUGACAAUUCCUAGAAUAAUGCAUACAUUUAUCAUUUUGUUUACAAAAACGUGGGACCCCAUUUUUAUGACUUGAGGACCCCAUUUUGAAAAUUCCUAGGAUAAUGAUAUACAUUUAUCAUUUGUUUACAAAAAAAAGUGGGCCCCCAAAAAUGUACUGCGGGACCCCAUUUUUAUGACUUGAUAGGGUCCCUGGGACCCCGUUUUGAAAAUUCCUAGCGCCAACACUGAUGGAGUACUGGUGCGUGCAAAAAGGCAGCAGGUGGCUGUGGCCUGUGGGCCGGUUCUAAUACUAAUCAAAUAUAGAUCAUUCAUUCUGGCCCGCGGGCCCUGACUUGGACACCUAGGGAAUAUCCAUAUUGUCUUUUCAGCAGGCAGAAGUCAAAUAUUUCAGCACAUUUGGCUUUGUGUUCCCUUUUGAGACUAAUUCUUUAAUGAACUGGCAGGUGAUUGUGGAAGUGAAAAAACCAGAAUGAAUGUGCUCCUCUUUCAAUCUAAUUGGAUGAUAAGUGUCCAUGACAAAACUCCCCUCUUCCCAGUUUCAUCCAAUCCCACGUGAUCAUCUCUCUGUCCAAUCACAAGGACAAGAGAGGCUUUUUUUAAACCAGGAUGUCAUCUUUUAUGUCAUCAUUGUGUCUGUGGAAGCUCAAGCAAGUUCACCUCCCUCUCAUCACAGGAUACUUCUGGAACUUUUUUUUCUUUUUAAAUGUAUUUUUGAUGUUGCUGCAUGUUGCUUGUCUCCGGUUGUAUGUAUGGUGAUCCUGCAGGUGUUGGAACUAAGCGCUGAUGGCAGGUGCACAAGAGAGCCGCCAGUCCCCGAAGGACGCCAUCAAGUUCUCCAUCAAGAACCUGCUCAGCAUGGAGGACCACAAGAGCCCAGGCUGCAGGCCCAAGAGCUCCCUGCAGGGCGGCCCGUCCAAGGGGCUUCUGGAGGGAAGCUUCUUCUCCCGGCUCGCCGACUUGUCUCUGCCGGGCUUGGAGCUCCUGCCCCCGCCGCGGCUCGGCCUGUCCGCGGCCCCCUGGUGGUACCCGUACAGCCUCGGUGCUCAUCUCAAAGCUGCAGGCUCAGACAAGGAGCAAUUGCUGCUGCACGAGAGGCGCACCCCUGAUCUCCCCAAGAGUGACCCCAAAGAAGAAAGUGCAGAAGACGAUGAAAGCGACCUGGACGAAGCCAAGACGAAGGACCCAGAGGACGACUGGACGAGGAAGCCUCAUGACGACGACCCCUUGGACUCUGCGGACAAGAAGCCGUGCAGGAAGAAGAAGACCCGCACCGUGUUCUCCAGGAGUCAGGUGUUCCAGCUGGAGUCCACCUUCGACAUCAAGCGCUACCUGAGCAGCUCGGAGAGGGCCGGCCUGGCCGCCUCGCUGCGCCUGACCGAGACCCAGGUCAAGAUCUGGUUCCAGAACCGCAGGAACAAGUGGAAGAGGCAGCUGGCCGCAGAGCUGGAGGCGGCCAACCUGAGCCACGCCGCGGCGCAGAGGAUUGUGCGGGUGCCGGUGCUGUACCACGACAACGGAGCACCGGAGAGCGGCGGAAGCCCGGCUGCAGGCUCCCCCGGAAGCCAAACUUCUUUUUUGGCCUUUUCCCACCACAUGUACUAUCCACAUCCGGUCCCUCUACUGAGGCCUGUGUAACACUUUAUAUAUUAUCCUUUAAUGUGCUCUUCCUUAAUGUUUUUUUUUUUUUGGUAUUUGUCAUGAAAUGCUCCAAAGUGCUUGAAUAUAUUUUCAUGUGCAAAAUUGUACAUAAUGUAUUUUUCAGACUCUUGUGUUUGUGUUAUGUCACACUGUGGGAUUUCAUAUUUUGAUAUUUCUUAUAUGGUGCAAUACAACCAUAUUGACGUUAUAUAGGUCACGACCCAAAAUUGAUGUAUAUGCUUUGUAACACAAUGGACAAUCAGUCACCAUCAUUGUAAAUUAAACCAACUAUGAAGCCAAAAAAAAAGAUAGCGUUUCACUUAUAUUGUUUCUGAAAUAGACCUUAUGUUGUCCAAGUAAAAUUGCUCCAAAAAACUU